GUAUCGAUGGUGUGUCGAAAGUCCAAAUUUGAUCGAGAUUUAUGAUAUUCGAGGGCUGACAGUGGGGCCAGCGAACCCCGUGCAACCCCACCUCCUUCCGUCAUUGACCGUGUUGCCUCCUUCAUUGCUCCUCUUUUGUACCGCCGCCAACUCCCCCUUCUGCACGGUUGCACUGCCACCACGCCUCAUCCUCCCUCGGGUCGGAUCCGUGCAAAUUGUUGAUCGCUCACUCACACAAGCUUCUCUCUAAUCAAUUUAUUAUUAGAAAUUUCAGUUCCAGAAAAGCGAAAAUGGCGGGAUUAGCGUUGGCCAUAAACACCACCAACAAGGAGAGUCAAAACCACGCAUGCGACGAAUGGCAGAUCGAAUACGCGCGUUUCGUCAACUGCAGCUCGUCCGCUUUUAACAGCACUCAUCCUUCUCUGGUGCCGGUUCCGAAGAAUCGUCUCCGCGGCGCCUGGAUUUCCUCGUCCAUCUCCGCCUCCGUGAAGCUUAUCUACAAGAGAACCUCUUCCGGAACGGAUGAUGCGUUUCUCGUCCUCUCUCUCCGGUCGAAAACCCUUGAGGUGCAUUACAUCUCGAAGAUGUAUUUCUCAUGGCCUCAAAUAUCAUGUGUGUCGGGUGUUCCAGCCAGGGGAAGCAGAGCUGUUUUACUGAGCUAUAAAGACGGUGCUGGCCAGAUGCAGAAAUUUGCCUUGCGGUUUUCAGAUAUCUGUGAAGCAGAAAAAUUCAUGACAGUUGUUAAGGAAAUCUUGGGAAAUGGAAGUCCCCCAACUGGAUUGAACUCUGAAAUGUCAUCUCAAGCUGAGGCCAUCUCUUAUGCUACUAUACCCAAAAGUGCUGGUGAGCUGCUGUACACAGAAUCAGUCGAUGAAUCCCCAAAGAUGGAGCCCGUUUUCCCUCCAGGUCAGAGUACCCAACUGAUGCUUACAAGCAGUGCAUUUGAAACAACUCAAGAUUCAAAGCCACUUGAAGGUGUAAAGCCUGAGGCUGUAUAUCCUCCAAGUUUCGCACAGUUGGUCAGUAGCUGCCGCCCUGCAGUUACCAAAGAUUCUUUGCCCUCAUCUGUCAUCACUGAUCACCUAGGUGCAGCAAUAAAGACGGGAUCUGGAGAACUAAGCACCGAAUUUGUGCAAUAUCUGGAAGGAACUCCUUUCAAAGAGCUACUGGCGACAGUAGAGCAUGUCAUUAGCCAGUUAGGAGACGACGUGAUGAUGUAAGUUGAAAUACUUCGAUACUGCAAACUAGGUUUGUAAUGAAUAGAAUUUCAGUGUUUUCAAUCAGAAUUCAGCUUCAAUAAGAACUCCCUUAUCUUU